AUGAAGACAAUUAUUUUUUUCAUUAUUGGUGCAUUACUUUUCAUCGUUUCAACUUCGGAUGCUAAACGUUUAUUUUAUGAUAAUGAUAAUGAUAUGGAAUUAUCGGAUAAAAAAGCUCGAAUGUUUCUUCGUUCAAUGUUGAAUGAUGAUAGUGAUGAUGAUGCAGGAUCACUUGAUACUCGUGAAAGUGGCAAGAAAUGUGUUCCAUGUAAAUUUGGUAUUAAUCCUUGUUGUGCACCGAAUGUUUGCAUUAAGAAACGAUUCCGUCCAGAUGAAUGUAUGGAAAUUAAAACAGGCAAAUAA